AUGGAAGGAGAUAGCACAACUAUUGUGCACGAAGUAGACAGAGUGCAGACACAGGCGGCUCUCCAUGGCUGUGCUGACCGGGAGGUAGAAAGCCCGCUGGGCCAGGCAGCCAAGAGUGGAACCUCCCAUGGGAAGAAAUCUCUUCCAGCACUGCGAGGAGUAAUUCCCAGGCAUUCUGAGAUGCAGUUUCUCAAAGUGGCCCCCUACUUGCAAGGAGGUGGACGGGGGCAGCAGGUGGUGUUGGAGGGAAACAGGCUGGUUUUGACCUGCCCAGCUGGGGGCAGCUGGCCCCUGCAGUACCGCUGGACCCUCAACAACAGUAACAUCACUGACUGGACACCACAGUACAGGUUGUCUAUACCAUCUAUAAAGAGAACUGAUGCUGGACUGUAUCAGUGUACAGUGAGGAACAGGAUGGGAGCUCUAAUACACAGAAGAACAGAGGUGCAUGUUGCUUUUUUGGGAAAUUUCUCAGCUGAGGAGCAGAGAAAGACAGUCACUCAAGGCCAAGCAGCCGUCAUCAGUCCACCUCCACUUACUUCUUAUCCUCAGUCCUUGGUCACAUGGUACAAAGAUGGACAGAAGGUCAUCCCCAACAGCAGAAUGGCAAUCACUUUGGACAAUCAGCUUGUUGUCCUGGCAACCACUGCAACAGAUGCAGGACGUUACCAUGUGGAGGCGGUCAACGAGUUGACAGGGGAGAAUGCGACAAGCCCCGCUGUCUACCUGAGCAUCUCAGUUGGCAAGAAAAACCGUGGGUCAACAGAUUCUGAGUUGGAGCUUGUGGCUCCAGCGAUUGUGAUUCUACCUCGAAACACAACAGUGGUGGUGGGGACAGAGGCUACGCUGGAGUGUGUUGCUAAUGCCAGACCAGUUGAUGACCUUGUGGUGUCAUGGAAGCACAAUGGGCGUCGGCUGACCAGUGGGCGUCGGCUUACUAUUCCUGCCCCAGCCUCCUCUGAUGCAGGGUUGUAUAUUUGUGAAGCGUCACUUAGCAACAAUACUGCCAAACCUGUGGAGGCAAGGGCACAUCUGAGUGUAAUGGAACCACCUUCACUGACUGUUCUACCCAAAAAGAAGGUCUUUGCAGAUCUUGACAGGAAUGUUGAAAUCCCAUGCCAGGCUUCAGGUGUGCCACAGCCCAGGAUUGAAUGGUAUAAGAACGCGGUGCCACUUUCCAAACUGUCCAACCCUCGUUACAAGGUCAGUGCAGCCACGGGGCUGACGGUGCGCAGGGUGCAGCCAGGAGAUGGAGGAGUCUUCCAGUGCUUCGCUCGCAGUCCUGCUGGAGAGACUCAAGCCCUCACAGAACUUCUCGUUUUCAGUGUGGCCCCCCUCUUUUCAUCCCCUCCCUCAGACCAAACAGUAAUAGAUGGCGACACCGCUUUGUUUACCUGUCAGAACAGUGGUGGUCCAAAACCAGCCAUUACCUGGAGGAAAGGAGCUCAGGUCAUAGCCAGCGGCUCUGUCCAGGUUCCCAGGUUCACACUGCUGCAGUCUGGUGGUCUGCAGAUUCAACCAGUCAGUUUCCAGGAUUCAGGAGAAUUUACUUGCAUCGCCUUCAACUCUGAGGGAACCAUCAAUGCCACUGCUACACUCACUGUGUGGAGUCGCUCAGUCAUUUCUGUGCCUCCAGUAGACCAGCGUGUCAUCAAAGGAACCACUGCUGUUCUAAACUGUGAUGCUACACAUGACCCCAGAAUUAAUAUCAGCUUCACAUGGGAUCGCGGCGGUGUUCCGGUUCAACCGAGCAGCGGCGGUCGUGUUUCUGUUCGACAAGGUUCUCUUACGAUUAGCCAGACGUGGUCCGGUGACAUCGGGGACUACACCUGCACUGUGACAUCUAAAGCUGGGAAUGAUUCCCGCUCUGCUCGCCUCGAAGUCAUCGAGCUGCCACAUUCUCCUCGCUCCCUGACGGCUCGCCUCAAUGAUUCAGACUCUCGCUCUGUCCACCUGUCCUGGCUACGCCCCUUUGAUGGGAACUCCCCUCUUCUGUAUUAUGGGUUGGAGCUCUCUGAGAACAACUCUCCAUGGAAGGUCUACCUGUCCGAGGUUGAGCCUUUCAUGACCGAGGUGUCGGUGGGUGGGCUCACACCUGCCAGAACCUACCAGUUCCGACUAUGUGCUGUCAAUCAGGUGGGCAGGGGUCAGUACAGUGCCGAAACACAGAGAAUGAUGCUUCGAGAGGAGGCACCAAGCGCACCCCCCAAUAACAUUGUGGCCAGUGGUCGCACAAACCAGUCCAUUAUGGUCCAGUGGCAGCCCCCUCCAGAAUCAGAGCUUAACGGCAUCCUCCGAGGAUAUAUGCUGGUUUGGCCUGAGCGAUUUCCUGAGGACAUUACCAAAGUAACCAUCACUCCCGACUACCCCAGUUCACGACACACAGGGCUCGUCAACGGGCUCAAAAAAUUCUCCUGGUACUAUGGCUCCACGCUCUGCUUUACUACACCUGGAGACGGCCCCCGCAGCCCACCUGUCCUGCUUCAGACGCUCGAGGACACACCUGGACCCGUUCGCCAGCUGAGCUUCACUGAAAUCUUGGAUACCUCACUUCGAGUCAGCUGGAUCGACCCUGAAGAAAAGAACGGCAUCAUCACUGGUUACACGGUGUGGUGGGAAAUACCCAACGUCAGGUCAAGUCGUGAGGAACGCUCUUUGUCCAACUCCACGCUGCGUUGCCAGCUGACAGGCCUCACCUCCACCACUGUGUACACAAUCCAGGUGGCUGCGGUCACCGCUGCGGGCCAGGGCGUGGUCACAUCAUCCACCAUCUCCACCGGAGUUCCACCAGGUGCUGAAAAAAAAUGCGCGCACGCUGAUAAGUGGCUGUUACUGUGCAUCCAUGAAUCAUCUCCCACACUGCAGACGCACACAUUCACAUCGUUCAGGAUGCAGCAGAUGAAUAUUGUUGGUUCCAGUCCCAUGAGCGCCCCCUCUAGGUUGAUUCAAACCUUGCAGGCUGCCCUGGACACACACCCCUCUAAUCUGAACCUUGUCUCUGCUACACAGACCAGCCUACGUUUCAGCUGGAAGCCUCUCUCAGCAUCAGAGUACAACAGCAGCCCGGAGACUGUGGGCUACCGGCUCCGUGUAAGGAACACAGACAGCGAUGGCAAGGACAGAACUAUAGAUGUGGAGGGAGGUGGGGGCACCACUGAAGCCACCAUAGAAGAUCUGAGUCCCUGGAUCCAGUACCAAGUUCAAGUACAAGCCUUCAAUUCCAUAGGACCAGGACCGUGGAGCCCUUCUGUCGCAGCACGCACAGCUGAAUCUGUUCCAUCUGGAGCUCCGGUGAAUGUGACUGCUGAGGCAGUGAGUUCCUCCAGGAUCAUGCUCACCUGGUCCACUCUUCCUCUGGCACAAAGGAACGGAGUCAUUCUUGGGUAUAAGGUGUUGUACAGUGAGAAAGAUGUGGAAGGUCCUCCUAAAGUAAAAGUGGUAGAAGGACAAGGAAGUUUGGCGUUGCUCCUCAGUGGCCUCCAAAAGUACACAGUAUAUGUUCUGCAAGUGCUGGCGUACACGCAGCUUGGUGACGGCCCACUCAGCAACCCCAUUCUGCUCCGAACCAAAGAAGAUGUACCUGGGCCCCCAAUCCGGAUGGUGUUUCCAGAGGUUCGGUUGACAUCGGUUAGGGUGGUCUGGCAGCCACCUACAUUCCCCAAUGGCAUCAUUUUAGGCUACCAAAUAUCCUACUGUCUUGACAGCAGGGACCCUCAGCGAUGGACCACAGUGGAAGUGGGCUCCAACGCUCGCCAGUUUACCGUCACUGGACUCUCCUCUGAGCAGACCUACAAGUUCCGCCUCACUGCUCGCACUGCGGUGGGCUGGGGUGAACCUCAAGAGGCCCUGGUGGUUACGACUGAACGCAGAGAACGGCCGCAGCCACCCAGGAAGUUGUCCAUUCCUCAGGAUGAAGUUGAAUCCCUCCAACUCCAUCUCUACUGGGUGACAGGAAGUUCAGGCUCCUCUCCGUUGAGGUAUUUUACUCUGCAGUUGAAGGAGCUGCCCAGCGAACCCUGGAGGACGCACACAGCUGACAUCCCACAUAACAUGACCUCCUGGACUGUUAACAGGCUGAAGCCCUUUACAUCUUACAAGUUUCGAAUGUUUUCCACCAACGACGUUGGGGACAGUGUUCUCAGCAAGGAGACGGAUGCUGUUACAACUCUUCAGGACGUGCCUAAUGAGCCUCCAGUGAUACUAUCAGUGAAACCAACAACCACUACCUCAGUGCUGGUGCAGUGGAAGCCUCCCACUGAAGACGGCAUUAACGGGGUCUUGACUGGAUACCGAGUUUAUUAUAGAGAACUCCCAGUUAACACAUCUACUUUCACUGAAGCAGAGGUCCAGACUACCAAAAACAACACCACUAGUGCUCUCAUCACAACAAAAAGCACCUUCAAGACAGUCAGCAGCGCUUCACUCACUGAGUUUGAGCUGACACAACUAAAGAAGUUCAAACGUUACCAGAUUGUCAUGACAAGCUACAAUAUCAUCGGAGAGAGCCCACCUUCAGCUCCGGUGGAGGUGUCUGUUGGAGAGGCAGCUCCAUCGGUGGCGCCUCAGUCUAUCCAAGUGUCAGCCGUGUCUCCCUCCAGCUUGAAAGUGACCUGGGACAUGCCGCCCCUUGAGACCCAGAAUGGACUCAUCCAAGGAUACAAGAUCCACUACUGGGAAAAUGACAAGCAGAACCAGACGGAGAAGGUGAAGGUGAUUUUUGUUCCAGACACCCGUGUGCACCUCACAAACCUGAGCAGCUACUCAUCUUAUCUGGUCACACUGACUGCCUUCAACACCGCUGGUGAUGGACCGCCCAGUGACCCCCGUGGGGCUCGAACCCUGCAGUCUGCUCCUAGCCAGCCGAGCUACCUGUCCUUCUCUGAAGUGACGGGGGGGAGCGUCAACGUCUCCUGGGGAGCUCCACUCACUCCCAACGGACAAGUGGAAGGCUACAGGGCCAUCUAUCAACCUACAGCUCCUGUUCAAGGAGUGAGUAAAGUGGUGACGGUGGAUGUGAAGGGGAGCUGGCAGCGAUGGCUGAAGGUUCGAGACCUGAUCAAAGGAGCAACAUACACUUUUAGUAUCCAGGCUCUCACAGUGAGCUACGGACCACCAAUACAGGCAAACAUCACCGCUCAGCCUGUGAAAGGAACUCCUGGAUCACCUGCGGAAAUGUCCAUCACCAAGACGUCCUCUGACUUAAACAUCCAGUGGUCAGAGGGAGAUACUGGUGCUGCUCCUGUGACUGGAUAUGUUAUUGAGGCCCGUGCCUCAGAUGAGGGAGUGUGGGACUCCUUCCUCCGGCAUCUCCCUCCCAGCAGCAGGUCUGUUUCUGUGCCGCUGGAGCGUCUGAGGUCAGGGAUCAGCUACGAGUUCAGAGUCAUCGCUGUUAAUCGCUAUGGUUACGGACAGUCAAGUACACCAUCUGUGGCUCUUGCUGCGUUGUCAGAGCGUCCCUUUUAUGAAGAGUGGUGGUUCCUGCUGGUUAUGGCGCUGGUAGGACUCAUCCUCAUUCUGGUCCUGGUCUUUACUCUGCUGCUGCAUGGAAACAGCACCAAGUACAAGGCAUGCGGCACAGGCAAGCACACAACCACAGGGGAGGAGUCCGUGACUCUGGACAACGGAGGUUUCACUGCUCUGGAGCUGAACAGCAGAACGCUCAACACCAAGAACUCCUUUCUGAAAAAGAACGGCACCCGAUCUCCCCCCAGGCCCAGUCCGGGCGGUCUUCACUACUCUGAUGAUGAUAUCUGCAACAACUAUAACGGAGCGGUGCUCACUGAGAGCACCACACUCACUGAGAAACCCACUGAGGUCUCUGAGUCAGAGUUAACGGACAGCGACUACGAGGACGAGCAGCCGAAGCACUCCUUCGUCAACCACUACAUGAGCGACCCCACCUACUACAACUCGUGGAAGCGGCAGCCCAAAGGCCUUAAAGGGGUGGGGGCCCCUUUUGGCUACGAGGAGUGUGCCACGGCGGACACUGAGCCCUACUACCAGACGGUGGUCACUCAGCACAGCACAGGUGGAGCGUACACACCCACAGGGCAGCCUGCACACACACACGUCAACCCCAACACUAACCCACCGGGGUCCCGCACCCCCGUGACAGGAUUCUCUUCAUUUGUUUGACUGUAGAGACAAUAUUUGCACAAAGUUAUACACACACGUAAAGAUGGGAGGAGGGUUUGUGGUGUGUGUUUGGACUAAAGGAACUGAUACUGAAGCAGCCCGUCACGCCCCAAAGAAUUAAACUUACACGUCUCACUCUCCUUCGCCCUCCCCAUGCUCAUGAAGAGCCCGUGUUCUGUGUGUGUUCAUGAAAUCUUUUACACCUCUGUCAGUGUGCCCACACACACAGUGACUGUCCUCGUUUUCCACAAAUGCUCGACGGCUUUCCCCUCCAGACGC